AUAAGAUCAUGCAGAAUUGGAGCCCCUUCUCCUACAACUGUAACUUCAAACUCUUAAAAUGAAUCUCAUAUUCUACAGCUUCUUCUCCUUAUUUAUCAACAUCAUCAUCCUCUCCUCUGAUUUUGUUGAGCCAAGACUCACCGGAAUUAAAUACAAUAAAGAAAUCAAUACUAGUCAGGAAGCUGACCUCGUUGUUGAGCUACCCGGGCAGCCGGAAGUCAACUUCCGACACUAUUCUGGCUAUGUUACAGUUGAUGAGAACCAUGGGAGGGCACUCUUUUAUUGGUUCUUCGAAGCCAUUGAUCAUGUUGAUGAGAGACCUCUUCUUCUUUGGCUCAAUGGAGGACCUGGUUGUUCUUCUAUUGGUUAUGGAGAGGCUGAGGAGCUUGGACCUUUCUUGAUUCAAAAGGGUGCGCCUGAGCUGAAGUUUAAUAAACACUCUUGGAACAAAGAGGCAAAUCUGUUGUUUCUUGAGGCACCAGUUGGUGUUGGGUUCUCUUAUACAAAUACAAGCUCUGAUUUGGAUCAACUUGGAGAUCAUUUUACUGCAAACGAUUCAUAUAAUUUCUUAGUGAAUUGGUUUAAGCGCUUCCCUCAAUUCAAAUCUCAUGAGUUUUACAUUGCCGGAGAAAGCUAUGCAGGACAUUAUGUUCCCCAACUAGCUGAAAAAAUUUUCGAUGAAAACAAGAAGACUUCAAACGAGAAUUGCAUUAAUUUCAAGGGCUUCAUGGUAGGAAAUGCACUAAUGGAUGAUGAGACAGACUCGAUCGGAAUGGUCGAGUACGCAUGGAGCCAUGCAAUCAUCUCCGACGAGUUGUAUCAUGCCAUCAUGACUAACUGCCAUUUCAGUAGUCAAAGUGAUGAUAACGAGGUUUGCGGCAAGGCAUCCAUUGAUUUCGUCGACACUUAUGGUCUCAUAGACAUAUACAGCUUGUACACCCCUAAAUGCAUCAAACAAGGCAUGACGGUAUCUUCCCGGGGAUCUAGAAAGAUCGCCGGAAUCACAUCAAAAAAUUUUGCAUCACAGCAGACAAGGAGCAAGUCUUUGGCUUCCAAAGGGUGGAAUAUGAAUUUGAAGGCAGGUUAUGAUCCAUGUAUCUCAGAUUACACUAAUGUAUAUUUCAAUCGCCCAGAUGUUCAAGAAGCUCUGCAUGCUAAUGUUACAAAUUUGGCGUAUAACUGGACUCAUUGCAGUGAAGUAAUCAGCACUUGGAAUGAUCAUCAACCUAGUUUACUGCCAACAAUCAGGAAGCUCAUCAAUGGUGGACUCAGAGUUUGGGUUUACAGUGGAGAUACAGAUGGAAGAGUACCAGUAACUUCAACAAGAUACACAUUGAAUAAGCUUGGAUUGAAUAAAACCCAAGAAUGGACUCCAUGGUAUACUAGUGAACAGGUCGGAGGGUGGACUGUAGUAUAUGAUGGUUUGACUUUUGUAACAAUCCGUGGAGCUGGUCAUGCGGUCCCAACUUUUGCUCCAAAACAAGCUCAACAACUUGUCAAACAUUUCUUGAUUAACAAACAAUUGCCUUCAAAGCCAUUGCUGUAAUUCCUUUUCAUCAUAAAAGCACAGACAACUGAAGUGACAUGCUUGAAGUUCAAUAAGAUGGAUGAACGACUUUAAUAUA